AAGUGCCUUGAACAAAAUUAGCCACCUUACCAGCAAUAUGGUGCUAUCGUUUCUGAAGUGCGUGCAAGAACUUUUGCUCAUCUUUGCCUUGUCUGUAGCCUUUUCCUGGUCUAAUGAUUUUCUCUACCAUGACUAUUGUAUUAUUGGGGCUGGCCCUUCAGGCUUGCAGAUAGCCUAUUUCCUUCAGCAUGCAGGUCGGAACUACGUUGUCUUUGAGCGUAGGAAUACACCAGGGCACUUUUUCACCUUGUAUCCCCGUCAUCGAAAAUUGAUCAGCAUCAAUAAACGUUAUACUGGCAAAUCAAACGGUGAAUUCAACCUUCGCCAUGACUGGAACUCAUUGCUUAGCCACAAUAACCAACUGCUUUUUCGACACUACUCUCAGGAUUUCUUCCCUGAUGCUGAUACUAUGGUGCAUUAUCUGGCUGAUUUUGCUUCCAAACUAGACCUCCAUGUGCACUAUAACACAUCCAUUGUACUUGUGAUGCUGGAAAAAGAUCCCAAGGCUUGGAAUGGUCAUUACUUCAUCCUCAAAGAUCAAAAUGAUCAGAAUUACAAAUGCAGUGUCCUUUUGGUAGCCACAGGAAUGUGGGUUCCUCACGAGGUGAACUUUGCAGGUUCAGAAUAUGUUGAAGGUUAUGAAUCUGUGUCAAUCGACCCAAAAGAUUUUGUUGGACAGUCUGUAUUGAUCUUGGGUCGGGGAAAUUCUGCCUUUGAAACAGCAGAGAACAUUUUGGGUGUCACCAAUUUUGUACACAUGGUAGGCCGUUCUCGAGUUCGUCUUUCUUGGGCUACUCACUAUGUUGGAGAUCUGAGAGCAAUAAACAAUGGGCUCUUGGAUACGUAUCAGUUGAAGUCUUUGGAUGGACUUAUAGAGGGUGAUCUAGCAGACUUAGUUCUCAUCAAAGACAGAAAAGGAAAGCUGCGUAUCACCCUCCGGUUCUACUUGGAGAACAGCAAUAGCAGUGAUCCAGAAUCUGUCACUCUUCCACAGGACGAAUUAGACAACUUUGCCACUCGUGCACCUUAUGACCGUGCCAUUCGCUGCCUGGGUUGGAAGUUUGACUUUUCCAUAUUCAACAAGUCUGUUGGUUUGGUGCAUGGCAAAGGCAGUAAGAAGAAGUAUCCUUUGAUCAAGCCCAGCUAUGAAGCCAAAGCUACUCGAGGUCUUUUUCUUCUCGGAACUGCAAGCCAUUCAGUGGAUUUUAGGAAAUCUGCUGGCGGUUUUAUUCAUGGCUUCCGAUACACAGCCCGUGCAGUUCAUCGCUUACUAGAAGUCCGUCACCACAAAGUGCCCUGGAAUGCUACAAAAUUUGAAUACCUGGAGGAGUAUCCAAUUGGAGUCCUACAAGACCUGGAGUGGCGCACAGGAAGAAAAAUGCAGGAUGGACUUUUUGUCAUUAUGAUGGAGUAUGGAAAAAACUUCUCUGGUCCUGACAAGGAUGUCUUCUACUAUAACCGUGCAGUAGGAGAGCCAGAGCAUGCUUGGCAGUCUAACUUCCUGCAUCCUGUAAUUUAUUAUUAUAAGCAACUUCCCACUGAACGUGAAAUGAGACUGUGCCCACCAGAUUGGCCCUUGCCUCGCCCAGACGCAAUCCAUCACAUUGUGGAAGAUUUCCUGACUGACUGGACUGCUCCAAACGCACAUGUCCUCCCACUGAGACGUUUCUUGGAGAAUUGCCUUGAAACUGAUUUACGCAGAUUCUAUGCAGACUCCUGCUUUCUGUUUGCCUUCACUCACUUGAGGCUGCCUCCCUCCUGCCAGCAAGGGUACAUGAGAAAGCAAGGGCUUGUCGGAAGUGAAAAGCUUCAGCAUCAGAGAGUAGCAGCAGAGCUGGUUGAACAUGCAGCUAUGAAGUCUCAAGAUGAACGAGAGAAUGGCGCUAUGCAAUCCCACAACCAGCUGCUAAAAAGUUCAAAGAUAUCCAGUCAUCAGCUGCAACAUCUUAGAAGCACCAAGGAUGAACUUUAGCCUGCACCCAACUAUUUCAAAAUUCACAAGUGCUAUAGACACAAUACCAUGGCAAAGAUCUGCAGAGGAGUUCCAGCAUAUGCUCAGGUUCCUAACCAUUCCUAGAUGAGGACCACAUCUCAUCCGUACCAUAUUCUUGCACAAACCUGCAGAUCUUUAUGAACAUGAACGUAUACAUUCCUUGGUGGGAUUGAACAGAUGAUAUUUUAAUGGAUGGUGUUAGCCUCUAGAGGUGGGAAAUAUUAUGCGUUGUAAAGAACAGAGAACAGUGACAUCUCCAGGCCAGUAAGAGUGAAUAGCUGAGCCUGGAUCCUUUUAUACCAGGUUUUAAAGAUGCACUGUUACUAUAGUCAUUAGUGUGUUCUGUAGAACUGGCAUGCUUGAAUGCCAGCCUGUUUAUUUCAAGACAAAAUGUUCUUGCAUGUUAACCAGAGUAUUUCUUCUGUUUGCACUAUGCCCCACUUAAUUUAGUUUAAUCAUCUGUUUCCUAUU